GCGGACGACGGCAUGACCUGGUGGUACAGGUGGCUCUGCAGGAUGGCCGGGCUCCUCGGGGGCGUGUCCUGUGCCUUCGCUGGCCUCUGGAACUGCGUCACUAUCAACCCCCUGAACAUAGCGGCUGGCGUGUGGAUGAUGCUCAACGCCUUCGUGCUCUUCCUGUGCGAGGCCCCGUUCUGCUGCCAGUUCAUCGAAUUCGCCAACGCGGCGGCCGCGAGGGCGGACCGGCUGCGGCCCUGGCAGAAAGCAGCUUUCUUCAAAAAACAGCGCGAGCGGCGCUCAGCGCCACGUCUCCCUUGCAGGAUGGCCGCCGUCCCCGUCAUGCUCAGCCUGACGCUCACCACGCUCUUCGGCAACGCCAUCGCCUUCGCCACCGGGGUCCUUUACGGCCUCUCGGCCCUCGGCAAAAAGGGAGACGCCAUUUCCUACGCACGCAUCCAGCAGCAGAAGCAGAUGGAUGAGGAGAAGCUCGCGGGCGCCCUGGAGGGACAGGCUCUCUGA